CGCAGCUACCAACAGGAGGUGCAAUGGUUGGUGGACCACAUGAGGACAGCGGGUCCGAAUGCCGAAAAAACCAUCAUUUACUGCAGAUCAAUCAACCAAGUGGCAGCUGUAUACGAGGACCUGCUAAGUCGCAUAGGAGAAGACGCCUGGCAAGGCAAGACACACACAACAGAAAACCUGGGAAUCACCAUGUACCAUGGCAGCAUAGGAAAACUUCAGGAACAAUAUGUCUUAAACACUUUCGUCAAAACGGACUCCAUCGAACGCUGCGUUGUCUGCACCAUUGCCUUCGGCAUGGGCAUUCAAGUAACGGAUGUGAGACAUAUUAUUAACUUUGGCCCAAGCAAAUCGCCCCUGCACUAUUGGCAAGAGGUUGGACGAGCUGGUCGAGAUGGGCUGCCAUCUUCGGCCACAUUACUACUGGGUCCACGUUCACUGGACAAGAGACUUGUGAACCCUGAAAUGCUAAAAGUCUGUGCAAGAAUUUCUAGUGAGAAAUGUUGUGCUAGGCGAGCAAUUUUGGUGGCCAUCCACAUGCAAAAAAUGCCACGUGUUGCAGUGCGGUCCAGUGUCUGUGGAAACCACUGCAGUGCUUGCGUGUGUGAAGCUUGCUGCUGCUGCUCACUUUGCCGCUCAUCUUGUCCUUGCAGGCUUGAAGCUACUGCAACUUAAUCGUGAAUCAUUACAGCUUUCUGCCUAUCCAGCUUAUCGCAGUAGCUUGAGAGACGUGCCUUCAGAAGCUCAAGAUUUUUUUAUCUUGAGGCUGCCAUUGAAAAAAAGUAUAAUGUUUUAAGUAUAUAGUUGUACCUCAUAAUUGAGCAGAUAUUUUGGUAUUUGGUAUUUGAAAUUUUGGUAUUUUGUACCAGAAACGAAAGCCUGUUCUAACCUGUGCUGAAACCCUGGAAAUGUGCGGUGCCUUCGUCCUGGCUUGUCCGCAAACAGCUGGUCAGACUUGUAAAAGUCUAUGAACUUGGCAACAUCAGCCUGAAAUGUUUAU